AGUGAUCUGAUUUUGCUCGCCAUGGGAUGCCCUGUCGCCUCAAGCUCUCACUUGUUGCCCUUGGGGCUCUUGGAAGCCUAGGAAGCCUUGGAAGCCUUGGAAGCCUUGGACUCUUCAAUUCUUUGGAAUCAAUGUGCCGGAUGUGCCGCUGUUUCGCACAGAACCUACCUUCAAAUCGCCAGGGACACUCGAGACACUCGAGACACUCGAGACACUCCUCAACCGCUUUGCUCAAGCACGUCAGCAAGAUGCUGACAUCCUCGUGUGAGGUGCGAAAUUCUGCGGUUCCAGUGAUCGUUUCAGUUAGCGGCGGCCAAGACUCGGUUGCCCUCCUCCGUUUAGUUCAUCAAGUUGCUCGGAGGUAUCCUUGGAAACUUCAUGUGCUUCACUUUAAUCAUGGCUUGAGACCCGAAGCAUUUGAUGAAGAAAUUUUUGUGAAGGAUUUGGCCAAGACCUUAGAAGUGCCCUUCUUCGUACAGCGUCAUCCUGACCCAGCAGCUUUGAAGGGAUCGAAAGCCGGCCUCCAAGCAGCAGCUCGAGAGUGGCGCCAAGCAGAGUCUAAAAAGCUUCUGUCAGAUUUGGAAACCACUGAGAAAGGUGUGAUUUUGCUUGCGCACCAUGCAGACGACCAGGUUGAAACCCAGCUUCUGAAGUUACUGCGGGGGGCACAUUUGGCGCAGCUUGGUGGCAUGCGUGCCCGAGAUGGACCCUUUGCAAGGCCAUUGCUUGAAAUUCGCAAGGAAGAACUUCGAGUUUUCCUACAGUCAGAGGGACAGUCCUGGAUGGAGGAUGCUUCCAAUGCUUUCCCAGUGUACCAGAGAAAUCGUGUUCGCCUGCAGCUGGUUCCGAUGUUGGUGGACCUUUUGGGUGGCGAGGAGGCUUUGCAGAAUCGGUUCUCUGCUUUGGGCCAUCAAAGUCGACAGUUGGCUUCGUUGCUGGAAGAGUUGUGUCAGCAGCACCAUGGUCCAAGAUUCCCAUGUCCCGAGGCUCCAACACGGCUGGAUAUCUCUUCAUUUUCUCAGUUACCCGAGAUGGUCCGCUACGAAUUCAUUUGGCGCUUUGUAGCAAACCGCUGCGGUGCAAUGCUGAGCCAUGCUGCUGUGGGCGGGAUUGUGGAUGCGAUUAAGCAAGGCGAUGCACGGUUCACCUGGCUGUUGGGAUCUGGUUGGGAGUUGAAACGGCAAGGCUCGCAGCUGGUCAUUUUGAAGUCAGGAGUGGACGGAGUGGAGGGUGAGGACAAGACUUGGUCCAGUUCUGAUCUCUCUGUGGUUCAGAAUGUCUCACAGCUUCACAUUUCGAUGGAGCUCCAGCGUAGGCAGCAAACAGCUGGUUGUCCAAAGGUGGCAAUGGCAAAGUGCAGUGAAAUCGUUCUUCAUGGAGUAGCAUUUGGAAGCACUGUGACACUGCGUGGCGCGCUUCCUGGUGAUCGCUUUCGAAAAGCGCAGCUGGCGCACAACAUCAAAGUCACUUCCGUGCUUCGGGAGCUUGGGGUCCCACCCAGUGCACGGCCCAACUGGCCGGUCAUCACCAUCAAAGCUCCAGGUGACGGUGAGGUCGUUGCAGCGCUGCUGCCGGAUCUUGUCGCAGCCAAUUUUCAGCCGAAUGGUGCGUCCGAGGCCCAAAGAUCGGCCCAAGCACCCGCUGUGAUUAACCUGUCUUGGGAUGAAGCCUGGGAAGGAUUAAAAGAUGUGGCAAGCUGGGACUCAAACUUGAAACAUUUGAAACGUCAAGUGCGAUUGGACUCUGAGUCUGUGCAGCCUGUGAUGUGCUUGGAGACGGUCAACCGUUGUCUGGGUAGACAUUUUGCUUAUCAGCUAGGUUAG